AUGAUUAACGGACGUUUGGUUUCGUGUAUUAUUCUUUUUUCAUUGGUAUUAUCAUCAUUAUCAACAAUAGAACCAUUAUGUAAAUGGUAUGGAACAUCUCCAUUAUGUUUUAUUGGUAAUUCAUGUCCACAAGAUUGUUGGCAAGUAACAGCUAAUAAUCGUGGUGAUGGUGCAAGAUGUUGGUUUGGUAUGAAAAAUUAUUGUUGUUGUGCUAAAAAAACUAUUGAUUCUAUUAUUAAUACGAUUGUUAAAUCGAAAUAA